UGUGUGGGGAGGAAAGGAAGAGGAACUCAUCAGUCUGGCUGGCAGCAGUGGCCACCUUCGCGACUGGUCGGACACGGCACCAGAACCGAAGGAGCAGGAGGAUGGGAACCAACACGUCGUCGAGCGUGGACAGAAAGUUGGACCACUGCAACGUCAGUGACACCGCCACGUACAACAGCCUCUCCAGGGUUGUCGUGGGCCAGUUUGUGCUCGGUCUGCCUCUCAACCUGUCCGUCCUCUACAUCUUCAUCUUCAGGUUCAAGUUCUGGAAGAACAAGAGCAUGUUCCUGUUCAACAUCGUGUUGGCCGACUUCCUGCUGGUGGCCUGCCUCCCCGCCAAGGCCCACAGCUACCAGCUGGGCCAGAGGCGCAGUCCUGACUACUGGACAUGCAAGGCCAUGCUCUUCAUGCUCUUCCUCAACCGCGGGGCCAGCAUCGCCUUCCUGGUAGCUCUGUCCCUGGACCGCUACUUCAACGUGGUGCACCUCGGCCGGAGGAACAUCGUCAAGAAAUCUCUGGAGAUCUCGGUGCUCAUCUGGGUGCUCCUGCUGCUCCUCGCCAUCCCGACCAUGGUGGAAACCUUCGAGUGCUGCAACAGCCUCGGCCGAAACGUCGAGACCUUCUAUCACGACGUCACCGACGUCUUCAGAGAGGUGGUGUUCUUCUCCCAAAUCCUCAUCCCCUUCAUCAUCCUGCUCUACUGCACGCUGCGCAUCGUCCACCGGCUCGGGAAGAAGACGGUGGGGGACAUGGCCAAGCUGAGGCGGGCCAUGUGCGUGGUGGUGUCGGUGGCGGUCAUCUUCUCUGUCUGCUUUCUGCCGUCCACCGUCACCCGAGUGGUGUUGCUGUACGUGCGGCUGAAAGAAUGGCAGGAGGCCGAGGACGUGGUGGUUCGGGUCUAUGACGCUCUCAUGGUCCUGUCCUACACGGACUGCCUGCUGGACCCGCUGGUCUACUGCUUCUGCCACUCGGGCUUCAAGGACGCCUACCUGGACACCUUCUGUCCGGCCUUCCUGCAUAAGAGGCUGCGCAAGGCCGAUACCACCACCACCACCACGACCACGACGACUUCUGCAGGGAGGAGCCUCUCUUUGCCAAUGAUUGAGAAAAUACAAGUAUGAAGAUUAAUUGAAUAUUUUUGUUGUCUCGAAAGUUACAAUCCAUAUCAAGGAGCCCAAGACGUGAUGGACAAAAAAGAAUUGUGAUGAAUACAAAUCCAGCCCACUGUAUAGAUAUCACAUGCGCUCAAAAUACCAAUUUGUGACUAUAAUUUAGGAAGGAGGUUAAAUAUGUACAUGACACUUUACAUUUUUUUAUAUUAUGACAAAUCUACAAAAAUUGAAAAAAUAAUUUCAUGUUCUCAUUAUGGGAUGGCCAUUUACAUACUGUGACAAACGACAACAUAAACAUGUGAAGACUGAAAAUGUGUUGGCGUGUGACGUCAGUGUACUAGAAGUAACAAACUUAGCAACAAGAAGUCACUUUUUCACAUAUCUUUCGUAUAUGAAUAAUUAGACGGCUUCUUAUCCAAACCGACGUGGUCGCGCGUUUCAAAUAAACUUUAAUGUUGUUUUUAAAAAUAAAUAAAUAACAAUAAUUUCAUUGGUGGAAGAAAGUAUCGUUAGCCUCGUUUCCCACUGGGACAAAAUCUACUGUGGAACUAACGGCAGUGUUUCCCACUCGGAACCGUUUUUGUGUGACACCCAAUGGGAAACAGGAAUGUAUACGUGCUGUUGCCAAGUGACGGCGACAGAAACCCGUCAAACUCGUUCCAUUUGCUGGCUUUUAUCCUCCAUAAAUCUCUAAAUAUAAUCGUUUGUGCUUUACAUUCCAGCUUGUUGCGGUGAUUUAUGUAUUCUGCGUUUGUUCUUGUUGUAAUAGCAAUUUACAGCAAUAUACCAGUAAUUUCGCCGCCGUCUUUCAGCAGCGUCCUGAUCAUUCACAACUGAUGGUUACCAUUACGUUGGUGACAGAUUUUCCAAUUACAGCCACUGUCAAAAUUACGUUAUGUGUUGAUAAUGCAAUGUUAUUCAUGAGAGAAGUGAACCAACUCAUACUAAGAAAGAAAGUACUGCGCUGGAGAUGAACGAAGCCGCUACUCUGCUGCCCUCUGGUGGCAGUAAGUGGUGUUACUUUUCACAGACUGAGUCAAGCCUGAAAGUUUUUGUGGACAUACUGUAUUCUGAGAAAAUCUGACUUUUUCAUGUCUUGUGUGUGUGUGUAUAUAUAUAUAUAUAUAUAUAUAGUUGUGUGUCUGUCCACCCAUCAAGUGUGAAAUUAAACAACCACAUAAAUCUUUA